CAACACCGGACUUAAGCGAGGCUGGUGCAGCGUUUAAAAGUACAUAAAACAUGUAGUUCCUUGAAAUUUGAAACCGGUGUGGUCCUUCCACUACUUCCCUGCUAUUGCAUUAAGUUGCAGCAAUGGUGCUUGUACUCGAAAGAAUACGAUGAUGAUCGAAAACCGCGAAUACACAGCCACGGCUGCAGUGGAGAAUCGCUCCGAAGAUUUCACUUCCGGUCACAAAACGAAGAAGAUGACGAUUGCCCUCACGACACUUUUGGUGGCAAUAGUUGCUGUCUUUGUUGAUCGCUUUGUCAUAAUGCGAAUUCAACGCCAAUUUUCUUACACAGAGGGUAACAGUGAAGCCGGCGUAAGAUUUGAUGUCGUUGAUGAAGAAGUGCUUAGUCUGUUUGUGACAUUCGAUGAAAACUUGGAUGGGGUUCUGGAUUUGUCGGAAUUUAUCCAAAUUGCGAACAGAAUUUUGCGUCGAAAAGCACCAGCUGCUGAAGGACCUCACAAAAUGAAAGUAGCUGACAGCAGUAGUGAUACUUCUGCACCAGAUGUGAGUCACAUGGCUGCAACAGAACAGUUGACUGUAAUAAGUAAUUUUACUUCCCUGGUGCUCACAUCAAUGACCAAGUAUUCUGAUGAUCAUUCUUCAGGGUUUGAUGGAAAUGAAAUUCAAAUGCAGGGACUGAAGUCAUGGAACACCUCUUCAGUUCCCAUGGCAACAUACUCAGUAGAUGAAUUUAGAGCAUUUCUACCUUACCCAAUCCUUGAACCACCAUUAGGCCAACCAUGGCACAUUGUAGAGUCUAGGAUUGAUAAAGAUGGUCCAGGUUUGACCAGCAAUAGACACUACCCCACCCCUGUGAAAGGGAGACUAGCCAUAUUGUACAAACUGUUGAGUAUGUUCCAUCCUCGGCCAUUUCUGCUGACCAGGUUUGGUCCACAAGGAACAGUUGCCUGUGUGCGAGCAGAGAGCAAGGACUACUUGGACAUUGUUUUCAGGAUACAUGCAGAGUUUCAGCUGAAUGAACCUCCUUUAUUGCCAUUUUGGUUCACUCCUGCUCAGUUCUUGGGUAAUAUUGUGAUAAAAAAAGAUGGGACUCGUGUAGAGUCUUUUCACUUGGCUGUGCCUAAUAAUAAAAGUUUAAACGUGGAUAUGGAAUGGCUUGUCUCCACUGUAGCGGAAGGGGACACAGACACAAGUUAUGAGAGCAGUGGGGGGCCUGGAGACAUGGAAGUAGACAUUGGGUUUCUACCCCACAUGGAGCUUAACAGUGUCAUGCCUUCGAUUCUGCCUGGUCAACAACAAACUGAUGAAGAAGUAGAAUCCACCAGCAAGACUAUCAAGUGGGACAAAGAGAUUUCAUUUGACAAGGCUUACAAAGCGCUUGAAGAUGCCUUCUAUUCUUUUAAAGAGGUUCCCUACGUGUCCUUUGAAGAUGCACUCAAUAGGGCCAAAGAAGAAAAAAAAUUGGUUCAUCAUAUUCUGCUCAACGGAGUAUUGAUUUGCCUUGAGUUCACAGGUUCGGGGCGGACUCUCCGAGAAGGUCCGUUGGAGAGCCCGCCCGUGGUCCACAUGUUGAAGAAGAAAUUCAUCAGCAGCUGGACACUUGUUGCAGAGCUAAAGGAUAUAGCAGCAAAUGGGACCAACUUGGAGGUGACUAAAGCAGCCCAGGCACAUCUGGAUAUUUACAAGUUUCCCGUGAUGUCAGUGGUCUCUCUUCCAAACGGAACGGUUGUGUCAAAAAUGAAUGCAAAUGAUUUAAUGGAGAGGCAAUCAGGCGAAGAAAUACUUCCACCAGGUUUUGAUGAUCUACUGUCGCAUAUUUACUACAAGUUUCUGGAAGAAGGUAUCAUUGGAGCCAAGAAAUUCGACGAACUUUAGCUUAAGAAAAAAAUUAACAAGUGAAUGACUGACUAUCGUAAAAAAGCUACAUCGUGUCAUGUAGACAAAUUUCUCCGCAUAUUUUGAUACUUUUUUCAUACAAUAUCUUGAUUAAUAGCAAGAUUCAGUUCUCAAAUCGUGUAAGAAUUCGUCCAAAGUACAGCUUGGAUGUUCUCUUUCUAACUUUCCCUACCAUUUCAGGAGUUUCAAUAACUUUUUUUCAUAAGCAGCUGCUGAUUGUGUACUAGGCGGCCGCGCCUGUAUAAGAGUAUUCUCCUUCACAGCAGUUCUUGUACUCUUUUCGGUCACGCAACGUUCCUUCCCUUCUUUUGGGAGGAAAGUUGCGUGACGAGUCUAGGAACGGCUGUGAAGGAGAGUAGUAGAAGGACUGUAAGGUGAAAUCCAAACAGUAGACUGCAAGCUAAACAGACGGUACUACGAGGUUUUACAAGCAAUAUCUUUAUUUUAUAUUAAUUUCACAAUUCUUUAAUGUAAUGUAGAGGACCAACAUUUGGCUUCCGUUUUCCU